AUGGCGACCACCGUCACCACGCAGCGCGGCCCGGUAUAUGUUGGUGAGCUUCCUCAAGACUUUCUCCGUAUUACCCCAACACAGCAGCAGCAGCAGAUCCAGCUGGAUGCCCAAGCAGCUCAGCAGCUUCAGUAUGGAGGCCCAAUGGGUACUGUAGGCAGGCUCAGCAUUACAGUAGUACAGGCAAAACUGGCAAAGAACUAUGGAAUGACCCGCAUGGAUCCCUACUGUCGGAUACGGCUGGGCUAUGCUGUGUAUGAAACUCCAACAGCACACAAUGGAGCCAAGAACCCUCGCUGGAACAAAGUCAUUCAGUGCACGGUUCCCCCAGGCGUGGACUCUUUCUAUCUAGAGAUAUUUGAUGAGAGGGCCUUUUCAAUGGAUGACCGCAUCGCCUGGACACACAUUACGAUUCCUGAGUCUCUGAAACAAGGCAAUGUGGAGGAUGAGUGGUACAGCCUGAGUGGGAGGCAGGGUGAUGACAAGGAAGGAAUGAUUAAUCUGGUGAUGUCCUACACGUCUUUGCCAGCUGCCAUGAUGAUGCAGCCCCAGCCAGUGGUCCUGAUGCCCACCGUAUAUCAGCAAGGAGUUGGAUAUGUGCCUAUAGCAGGGAUGCCUGCAGUCUGUAACCCCGGCAUGGUACCAGUGGCAAUGCCACCUCCAGCUGUCAACCCUCAGCAUCUGUAUAACGAAGAGGACCUGAAAUCUAUCCAGGACAUGUUUCCCAACAUGGACAGAGAAGUAAUCCGCUCAGUGCUAGAAGCUCAGAGGGGGAACAAGGAUGCAGCUAUCAACUCCUUGCUUCAGAUGGCUGAAGAAUCAUAGAUCCCCACCUCCUGCAUAGUCCCCAUCCUUGAUGCCACUUACUUUUACUUGCCAAGCCAGGGAUUUAGCUAGAGGAAGAAUUUCCCAACAGCUUUCUGUUAGCACAUCCUGUAUGUGAAAGAUUAAACCUUUUCUCCUUGGACAUUUGGAUCUUUCUCACUUCCUUUCUCAGUCUGUACAUACUCAGUUCAGCUUAUGUCCUGCAAUACAGCAUUGAAGCAUCUUUACUAUCAGCUCUGCCUUGUGUGGCUGUGUUCUGAUGGGGUGGGGAGUUAAUGCUGCUUUGUUUUGUUUCUCUCCCUUUCUUCAUAAACUUAAUUUUUACAAAGUAACUCUAUGCAGUGCAGGGUUUACUACUGUUAGGUUGAAAACAAAACUCUGUUUUUUUUUUUGCAUGGAGGGUUUGCUCUUUAACCUUAAGAGAAUUGUUUCAGUAUUUAGGUUUCAUCAAGCAGCCUACUUGUGCUAGAAAUUAAAAGCAAGAUCCUUCCCUUGUCCUGUGGUGUUUAGUUAUUGCUGUGAUCUAUUCACCUGUUUCUGAAUUGAAGAGUUUUCACUCAGUAAGCUCAAUUUCUGAGGUUGUGCUGUUGAUAUUUGUAAUGAGCAUCUUCUCUUCAAUCUAGUCAUCAGGCACCAAAGCAAUAUCUUGUACCUGCUGUGCAUCUGGGGCUUUGUUCCCCCCACACAAUAUUGUUCUGGAUCUGUAACACCUUCACCAGGUAACUUUGAACUCCUGCAGCAUGCGUUGCUGUAGCAGAGAACUACAGGACUGGGCCCCAGUGUACUCCCACAGUUAAUUGUGCUCUGAUGACUACUUCUGCAUUCCUGUGGCUCUGGCAGAGGGUAAGUGCAGAAGGAAAGAGGCUUUUAUACCUGAAAAAUUACUUAAGCUGUAAAGAAUUCUUUCAGGAAGCUGUAAAGAAUUCUUUCAGGUGUUGUCUUACAUUAAAAAAGCAGGAACCUAAGAUCUGGUUAUAAGGCUUCUUUCUUUACACCUAUAUUUCAGCAAAGUUAUAAUUUUCUAAUAGUGAAAAUCUUUUUGUCCUGUAAUCUGAAAUAAGAAGCAUACAAAAUAGCUUCAGAACCAUUGACUGACAUGAUGAGUUGCUCAGUGAAUUUAGACUACAGUUGCUGUAGUCAGUUUCUGAUUAUUUGAUGCAGUGGAAAUAAACGGUGAGAGAAAAUUUAACAUAUCUGAGUUCCAGUCUGACCUCAGAGGGAGUUGGAGGUUGCUUGUAUUUAUUGUUAGUGUUAUUUUUGGUUUUUUUCAGCUAACAAUUCAUUUUGGACCUGCAGAAUCCUUAACAGUGUGCCCCAGUACCAGCUGUUGGCUAAAUGGCAGCAGUGUCUGGGUUUUGUAGAUGGUGAAGUAAUGCACUUUAAAUAAUAUGCACCAGUUUGUUUUGUUUUUUUUUCCAGUGAUGUGCAAUGUUGCUGUUUUAUCUUUGUAAAUGUUUGAUUUCAGAUACAAUUUCUACAAUAGCCAUAGACCUUUAUAUUUUCAAGAGUUGGAAUGAAUGUACAGUUGAAAUCUAGGCUCUUGAGUGAUCCAUGAGAACAUUAAAGCCAGGUUUGGAACAGGGAAAAGGGAGACCUGUAUUCUUCUCUUCCCCACACCUUGUUUCAUGUCCCACACUCAAAAUAUUGUCUUUGUUAUUUGCUGAAAAGCUGAUUUUAAGUUGGUUUUUGGUUUUUUCUUUUUUUUCCAUUUCUCCUGUAUUCAAGAAGCCUUUAGGUAGCACUGACAGUAGAACAGGAAUAUUUAUUUUUUUAUGAUUGAAAGCGAUACUGAAACUUUAAAGAAAAAUACAGCACCAAAAAAAUCAUCCCAGUUUCUCACCUUUCAAAGCUGUCUGUUUGUGAUGUACCAUUUUCAGUUUUGUUAGCAAUCCCAUCUUGAAAUUCUCUGUCUUCAUAGAUCCUCCAAUUGGCUUUUCAAUGAUGAGAUCCAAGGCUGUAGUUGGUAUGCUUCAGCUGCAGAGCCACCACACUUCCAUUUUCUGAAGAAAAAAUGGGUGUUCUUCAGGAAACUAGUCUGGCCCUUUCCCUGCAGUCAUGGGAGAUGUUGUAAGGAGUGGGAGUAGAGGCGUUUGGUCUUUAUGGCACUGUGAUCCAUGCUAGUGUCACCCAAAAGGGUAAACCUUGGCAAGGAUUUGAUGCUUCAUCUCCAGGAAGAGUUCCUUGCUCUAAGUUGGAUGCAGUGGUGAGUUGCUAGGGAUGGAACAAUUCAGGGAAAAAUGGAUAUUCCAAUUUUUAUAUUAAAAGGUUGGGAUCCAUACUGCAGCUUUUUAUAAAAGCAAGUGGGCAUGGUUCAAGUGAAUGGCUGGUAAAUUGGACUGCAUCCUUUGACAGCUCAGUUUCAAGCACAGAACAAACCUCUUCCAGCCCUAACCAGCAGGAAGGAGAAGUGUUGAGUGUAGUCAUACAUGAGGGAGGCUCCUGCUCUUAGAAUUGUUUUGUUUGGUGUGUUCUAGCCAAGCAGGGUAGGUGUGUGAGUUUGAAGGAUGGGGAUAUGUAGGAGCAGUGUGGCCAGGAGAUGGAUUUCAGCAUCUUACACUAAAUAUUGCUCUGGGAAUUUAGUGUUGAUUUAAUUAAGUGUUCUAGCUGAACUCCUUUGUCAAGGUGUGCUACUUUAUCUUGUCAGCCACCACUGAUCAUAAGCCUACCCAGCUUUUCAGCACACAUAUCUUCUCAGUUCUCUGGCAGGUUGGAAUUGGGGGGGGAGAGA